GUCGCCGCCGCCGCCGCUGCCGCCCAGACGCACUCUGGGAAAGCGCUGGCUAGCACCCGCCUGCGGGACCGAGCUGGGUGGCGGGGAGGGGUCCGGUCACGGCUCGCCGGUUGGUCCGCGCGGGCGCUGCUCGCGGCGCCGCGCGGCCAAUAGGCUGCGCGUUCUCGGCCACGCCCGCGCGAGCUCUCUUCUCGCGAGGCCGGUUAGGCCCGAAUGUCGUUAGCCGUGGGGAAAGAUGGCGGAAAAUUUAAAAGGCUGCAGUGUGUGUUGCAAGUCUUCUUGGAAUCAGCUACAGGACCUGUGCCGCCUGGCCAAGCUCUCCUGCCCAGCCCUUGGCAUCUCCAAGAGGAAUCUCUAUGACUUUGAAGUCGAGUACCUGUGUGAUUACAAGAAGAUCCGCGAACAAGAGUAUUACCUGGUAAAAUGGCGCGGAUACCCAGACUCAGAGAGCACCUGGGAGCCACGGCAGAAUCUCAAGUGUGUGCGCAUUCUCAAGCAGUUCCACAAGGACUUAGAGAGGGAGCUGCUCCGGCGGCACCACCGGUCGAAGCCCCCUAGGCACCUGGACCCAAGCUUGGCCAACUACCUUGUACAGAAGGCCAAGCAGAGGCGGGCGCUCCGGCGCUGGGAGCAGGAGCUCAAUGCCAAGCGCAGCCACCUGGGACGCAUCACCGUGGAGAAUGAGGUGGACCUGGAUGGCCCCCCACGGGCUUUCGUAUACAUCAACGAGUACCGUGUGGGGGAGGGCAUCACCCUCAACCAGGUGGCUGUGGGCUGUGAGUGCCAGGACUGUCUGUGGGCCCCCGCCGGAGGCUGCUGCCCUGGGGCGUCCCUGCACAAGUUUGCCUACAAUGACCAGGGUCAAGUGCGGCUGCGUGCGGGGUUGCCCAUCUACGAGUGCAACUCGCGCUGCCGCUGCGGCUAUGACUGCCCCAACCGCGUGGUACAGAAGGGCAUCCGCUAUGACCUCUGCAUCUUCCGCACGGAUGACGGGCGUGGCUGGGGCGUCCGCACGCUGGAGAAGAUCCGCAAGAACAGCUUCGUCAUGGAGUACGUGGGAGAGAUCAUUACCUCAGAGGAGGCGGAGCGGCGGGGCCAGAUCUACGACCGCCAGGGCGCCACCUACCUCUUUGACCUGGACUACGUGGAGGACGUGUACACCGUGGAUGCUGCCUAUUAUGGCAACAUCUCCCACUUUGUCAACCACAGUUGUGACCCCAACCUCCAGGUGUACAACGUCUUCAUAGACAACCUCGAUGAGCGACUGCCCCGCAUCGCUUUCUUCGCCACAAGAACCAUCCGGGCAGGGGAGGAGCUCACCUUUGAUUACAACAUGCAAGUGGACCCCGUGGACAUGGAGAGCACCCGCAUGGACUCCAACUUUGGCCUGGCUGGGCUCCCCGGCUCCCCCAAGAAGCGGGUCCGUAUUGAAUGCAAGUGUGGGACUGAAUCCUGCCGCAAAUACCUCUUCUAGCCCUUUGAAGUCUGAGGCCAGACUGCCAGUGGGGCAUAAAGCCGCCCGCCCCACCCACCCACCGCUGCCCUCCUGUCGAGGAAUGACUGCCAGGGCCUUCUGCCUGCCCCUGCCUGCCCCCCCACCCCCGCCUGCCCCAUGCU